AAGUUAGUAAAAUAACAAAUAGACUAAUAUCUGGCCUUAACUCCAACAGUCGUAAAUGUCAUUUUACUAAAUAGUAUUAAUUUAAUGUCAUUAUUAUUAUCUCCCGUGCCUUUUUGUAUUGCUUUUCAUGGAAUAAAAUUUUUUUUAUAUGAUAAAUUAAUAAAAAAUAUUAAACGAAUGUGUUUAAAAGAUGUCUGCUGUUAUUGAUGAUAAAGUUGUCGCUGGGGCACAAGAUUCUAAUAUUGUAAAGGAAGAUCCGAUUGUUAUAUUAACAGAUAAAGUAAAGUCACUUUAUUUCUUUAGAGAUCAUUAUUUUGAAAAUCAUUCCAUACAAAGUGCAAUUAAUAAGAAAAGAGAUGUUGAAAAAGAAAUGAAAAAUACUUUAGCUAAAUUUGAUGAAUGUAAAGGAUAUGAGAUUGAUGGAUCUAGAGCAAAAUAUUAUUAUCUUAAAGGAAAAGCUUUUAACGUGACUGAUAAAUUUAUGCCUCAAGCAGAAGAACUUUUGAGUAAAGCUGUUAAACUUGAACCAAAAUUAAUAGAAGCAUGGAACGAACUUGGAGAAUGUUAUUGGAAAAAUGAUGAUAUUCAACAAGCAAAAAAUUGUUUUGUUGGUGCUUUACCACAUGGAAAAAAUAAAGUGUCAUUACGUAAUUUAUCAAUGGUUCUUAGACAAGAAAUUACAGUAUCCGAAGAACAAAAAAUAAAAAAUGUUCAACAAGGUAUUGAAUAUGCAAAAAAAGCUAUAAGUUUAGAUCCUUCUGAUGGUACCUCUUGGGCAAUUUUAGGCAAUGCAUAUUUAUCAUCCUUUUUUACAAUAGCACAAAAUCCUUCUACUUUACGUCUUUGUAUGUCAGCUUAUAAGCAGGCUGAAAAAGAUUCAAUUGCUAAAAAUAAUCCUGAUUUACAUUAUAAUAAAGCCAUGGCUUUAAAAUAUCAAGAAGAAUAUAAAUCAGCUUUAGAAUCAUUAUGUCAAGCAACAUUAUUAGAUCCUACAUGGGAAUCACCAAAUGAAAAACAAUGCGAAUUAAUUAAAUAUCUUAAUAAUGUUCAAAUGUUUAUUAAUUCAAAAGGCAGUAUUAAACCUAAAAAGUUACUUCAAAUGAUUCAAGCUUUGAAUGCAAAACAUUUAGGCCUUUAUAAAGAAGAAUAUACUUCAGGAAACAAUUCUAUAAAAUUAGAAUUAAUUCAUUUAAACGAUUUAAUACCUGGUAUUAAUUCCGAAAAAAUAGUGGUUGGUAAAGUUGUAUGUUGGAUUCAAGACUCUGAUUCAGUUCCUUUCGUAUUUUGUAUUGUUGAUGAAGAGAAAACGUGUAUGGCAGUAACUUUAUAUAAUUUAGCAAAAGGCAAAGGCGUUAUCAUUGGAGAUUCUGUCGCUAUACCGGAACCAUAUCUGAUUCAUCAUCAAUUUUUUUAUUUAAAUAAUAAAUUUAAUUUUAAAUCAAUACGAGUUGAAACACCAGUUCUUUUAGUUGUAAAUGGAAGGAAGUUAGGACGAGAUCAACAAGCUAAUGUAAAAAUAUCCAGUUUUAAAAAAAGUGAUUGAAGCAAAAUAUGUACAAUUUUCUAUUAUA